AUGACCAGCAUCGCAGAAAAGGUGCGCUGCGCUCGCGAGGCUUUGGGUGGCGCUUCUCUCCAGGCCUUGUGCGUUCUCCGGCAGGCCGCGGACCUGAGUCUGCGAGCUCGGCAUGUUGGCGGCAGUCGCCUGAUUGUCCUGGACCUGAUUCGUGAGCAUGGCAGCUUCAGCAGUACGCUCGAGGCGGCGUAUCGGUCCUUCUUGCAACCAGUGUGGGGCAGGCUUCGAGUCUUGCAGCAGUACAAUCCUAACACAGCCAGCACGCCCACAAGGCUUGCAGACAGCAUCCUGGAAGCCUUCUUCGGCCUUGAAGGGCACUUGACUCAGCUGGCCCUCGGAGUAGCCAACGCAAAGCCACGGAUGCCAGAGAUCUGGAUGGCUCGAGGCAGGAUCCAGGCGCGACGAGAGCUGCGCGCCAGCGAUCUUGGCUUCAGGAGAGAUCCAGCGGCCAAAGCGCUCGCUGCCUGGUCCUCCUAUAGGCUACGGCAUCUUGGCGGCGAGCGAGUCCUGGGACACUGCAGCCGCAUGGUGGGGAAGUGCUUAUUGCCGGCGGCCGCCUUAGAUGCCCCAUGUGUUUCUUCAGUGGAGCUUUGUGGGAAAUGA